AUCCGCAUUGCGGGUCCAAGGAUUGUAGAUUGUGCCCAAUAUCUAGGUCCGCUUUGAACAGGCCAACAGGCUGCGCUAUCGCGAUACAAAUAAAAAACAACCAAACGAACGCAUCGCCGCCGCCGGGCCAUUCGGGAUGAUUCAAGCUGAUCUGUUUAUCGGAGAAAAUGUAAUGGGAAGAAAGAGACGGCAAAGAGACCCCGAGAGAUAUGCGACAAAAGCGCGAAACACAAGUCGGCUGACGCAAGGACGCUGCUACAGCUUCCUCGCUUCCACUUCCUUGUCACCCAGUCGGAGACGUCCUGUCAGCUAAGGGCCCGUCAGGGCAUUAAGUUACUGUGCAGAAGUGUGCUAGGGCUGAUUAGAACCCCCUCUUGACCUCUCCCACCUGCCGGCCACCCAGACCCGGUGCGCUAUAGCGGCUCCGGACAGCGUGUGGGGGGAGGGGGGAGGGCCCUGGCGGGACGGAGUCGGGUACGUUAAGCAUCUCGACAUGCUCGACAUGGAGCGCCUGCGGGGUGGUGGGCAGGCAACCCACCGGGCACAGCGAAAGGUUGGUUGCCUACACGGGAGGGGGGCUCCUGCGUCUCCCCGCUUUCCAGGGAGGGCUGUUGAAGGCAUUCUGACUGUUAUGCCUUGCCGGAGGCAUCAAGACGCUUCAAAUCCGCAUGCCGCAUGCAGCUAUCGGACUCCGUGAGGCACCCAGGCACCUUCCCUUUCUCAGAAGGUUUCCGUGGCAACAAUGAGCCAUGUGACAAGGCGGGACAACACCGACGACAGGCCAUAAUGGCCAAAAUUUUUAAUAAUAAAAUAAAAUAAAAUGAAACUAACAAGAACUGACAGGAAAUUUUUACAUGUAAUUUUAGCAUUUUAAGUUAUCACACCAAGAUCAAGAAUGGCGACUGAAGAGGAGCUUCUUGGGAAGUUGGGAGGGCUUAUCAAAGAGCUGGAUUAUUGUUGUGGCUCUAAUACAAAGCAGACCUGUUCGGACCAUGCUGGUAGGAAACAUAAACAGUGGAGAGAUAUACCACCACCUAAGCAUAGAAAGGUACCUUUUGAGAUAGAUUGGCAAACCUAUCCCAUGGUCACAGGUCUACCAGUAAAAGAGACCCGUUUCAAAGCGAAUAUGCGAGAAGUGGCCACUGAAGUCCCAAGGAUCAAUGUAGACUAUGAGCCUCGUACAUGGUUACCCAAGCCUGUGGAUUUAGGUGGCAACGGUACUCCCUGGGACUUGCGACGAUACCGCAGCAGGGAGCUGGUGGCAAGCCAAAUUUACUUUGGAUGUGCAUGUCCAAAAAGGAAUGGUCUGCAGGAUGAGUGUCGACGGCUAGACUGUCGAGGAAAAGACUGUUGCCUGUCACAGCCAGUGACCAAGUGCAGACCCAGUGGAGGGCCAGGUGUCUGUGAACUUCCUAGUAGAAGAGCACACAAAAACAACUGUUGGUGUGAUACGUGCCGCCCUGGAUGCUGUCUCACUGGCCGUAUGACUCCACGAGCAGCACAAUCAAGCACAGACUGUGCAGAGUGCAUCUGCCUUCAGUCAGUGCAGUGUGGAUCAAACUGUGCACAUUACUGUGACAAACACAUGCUUGGAGUAGCAGCCAAGCCUUGCCCACCAAUAAUCUAUUAAAUUUAG